AUGACGAUCUGCCAUAUCGUCUUGUUUAAAUUUCGGGCAGAUGCCUCCUCUGCCGUACGAGAGGAGUUUCUUACGCAAAUAAAAACACUCAAAUCAUUGCCUUGUGUCAAGAGCCAAAGACUUGUCGUGGGAGGUCCUUCUAUUACUGAACCUAUGGAGAAGAGCAAGGGGUUCCAGUAUGCCUUAGUGAGCUACCAUGAAGACCAGACAGCGCUGGCUGCGUACCAGGCAAGCAGUGAGCAUGAAAGGGUUACGCAUACAUAUUUUAUUCCUUACAGGGAAGAUCUAAUUCGAUUUGACUUCGAAGUAGAUUCGGUGGACGAGCCGCUACUUGGGUUUUAG